AUGUAUUUGGAAACUAGAAGGGCUAUUUUUGUUUUUUGGAUUUUUCUCCAAGUUCAAGGAAUCAAAGAUCUCUCCAUUAAAAUAUACCAUUCUGAAUCGAAAGACUUAGACAAUGCCCCAAGAAUCGAAACAUCUGAAAGUACUUCAAAAAUGUACAAAGUGUCAACCAUGAAACGGAUAUUCGAUGUGGCCAAGCGUCGAACAAAAAGGUCAACAUUUUUCCCAACUGGUGUUAAAGUCUGUCCACAGGAAUCCAUGAAACAGAUUUUAGCCAGUCUUCAAGCUUAUUAUAGAUUGAGAGUGUGUCAGGAAGCAGUGUGGGAAGCAUAUCGGAUCUUUCUGGAUCGCAUCCCUGACCCAAGGGAAUACCAGGACUGGGUCAGCCUCUGCCAGCAGGAGACUUUCUGCCUCUUUGACAUUGGAAGAAAUUUCAGCAAUUCCCAGGAGCACCUGGAUCUUCUUCAGCAGAGAAUAAAACUGAGACACUUCCCUGAGAGAAAAGAUGAAAUAUCUACAGCGGAGACAUUCGGAGAGCCUGGGGAGACCCCUGUGUUUUCUACAGAUGUUGCCAAUGUCUCCGUUGGACCCUUCCCUCUCACUCUGGAUGUCACACUCUUCAGUGACACCAAGAAGCCUACAAUAGAAAGAAAAGUUGAAUCCACUAAAGUAUCCAAGGGCCCACUGGAGCAGAAGGUGGAGCUGAGCAUCACUCUGGCAAAUCAGAGGUUCAAGGCAGAACUCACUGACUCCCAGUCCCAGUAUUAUCAGGAGCUGGCCGCAAAGUCUCAACUCCAGAUGGAAAAGGUAUUUAAGAAACUUCCAGGAUUCAAAGAAAUCCAUGUGCUAGGAUUUAGACCAAAGAAAGGAAGAGAUGGUUCAAGCUCCAUAGAGACACGACUUAUGGCCAUCUUUAAGAGAGACAGUGCAGAAGUAAAAAGCCCUGCAAGUGACCUCCUGUCUUUUGAUUCCAACAAAAUUGAGAGUGAAGGAGUCCCUCAUGGAAUGAUGGAGGAGGACAAGCAACCAGAAAUCUAUCUGACAGCUUUAGACCUCAAAAAACUGAUCAGCAGAGCACUGGAGGAAGACAGAUCCUUGGAUGUGGAAACAAUUCAGUUCGCUGAUGAAUUUUUUGGGUCAGUGCCAGGCUUCGAUCCUGACUUCCACUCAGUGCUGCCUACACUCCUUGCUGAUAUCACAAAGGAUGCUACUUUGAGUCCAGAACUUCCUCUUGGUCAAUCCAGGCUUGAGACAGUGGGCAGAACAGGACACAGUAUACCUGACAGUUCUUGGUCUUCACCUGCUAAGGCCUCUGCUUUGCUAUCAGGCACUCUACCUUUCUUUACUGCAUCCAGCAUCUUCUCUCUGACUGAUCAAAGUGCCACAGACAUAAUGCCCAUUGACCAGACAGUACUAAUCCCAGAACUAAACCCCACAGAUGGCUAUUCUGCCAUCAGCCAGUCAACUCUGGAAAUUUCACAUUCAACUGCAUCUUCAGGCAGCCAAGAUAUUGUGAGAGACUUAGACAUAAUGGCUCUAACUAAUACUCCUGCCUCCUCUGAGGUACCAAGACUCAGUCUGGAUGUUUCUACCCCAGGUCAUUUCUUGGAGACUACCACUCCCAAUCCAGCUUUACAGUACAUCACCACUAACUCUAUGACCGUUGCCACCAAGGGCCAAGAACUGGUAGUCUUCUUCAGUCUGCGAGUCGCUAACAUGCCCUUCUCCAACAACCUGUUCAACAAGAGCUCUCUGGAGUACCAAGCUCUGGAGCAACAAUUCAUACAGCUGCUGGUUCCCUAUCUACGCUCCAAUCUUACGGGAUUUAAGCAACUUGAAAUACUUAACUUCAGAAAUGGGAGUGUGAUCGUGAAUAGCAAAAUGAGGUUUGCUAAGUCGGUGCCCUAUAACCUCACCAAGGCUGUGCAAGGGGUCUUGGAGGAUUUUCGUUCUGCUGCAGCCCAACGACUUGACCUGGAGAUAGACAGCUACUCUCUUGACAUUGAACCAGCGGAUCAAGCAGAUCCCUGCAAAUUCCUGGCCUGCGGCGAAUUUGCCGAGUGUGUGAGAAAUGAGCGGACCGAGGAAGCAGAGUGUCGAUGCCGACCAGGGCACGAGAGCCGGGGGCGUGGGCACCACCGGGACCCGGGCCUCUGUGCCCCCGCAGAGGAAUGUGAGGUCAUCCAGGGAAAGGGAGCUCCGUGCAGAUCGCCGGGUCACUCUAAAAAUCAAGCAUUCAAAACUAGUGUUAAGAAGUUGCAACAUCAGCAAAAUAACAAGAUAAUCAGGAAAAGAGAUUCUGAAUUACUGACUGGAGGAUAUGAAGAAUUUAACUAUCAAGAUUGGGAAGGAAAUUAA